CCCCACCCCCUUCAUUCUUCUCUUCCUGCAACUAGAAUGAUUGUUCUAUCUCUUCUUCCUUCUCUAGUCCCGCCCUGCCAGCUCUCCUCUCUGGAGGGGACUCGGUAGCCCGAAAAGGGCCGACAAAAGCGCCGACGUGUUCAGAGGAGCGGAAGUAGUCAAAUUUCACCGAGAACCGUAAAGUGCGGCUGGGUGGCUUCCUUUCCGGAUAACGACACAGCUCCGACUGUCAGUGCCGGCCUUCCUCGUGUUAGAGAUCUGCUGGCCCCUUACUAAUUCAAUUUUUCCCCAUUCCGAGCCUUUCCCUAUCGUCGCCCCCUUCACUUUGGAUCAUGUUCAAGAAAUUUGAUGAAAAAGAAAAUGUGUCCAACUGCAUCCAGUUGAAAACCUCAGUUAUAAAAGGUAUUAAGAACCAAUUGAUAGAACAAUUUCCAGGUAUUGAACCAUGGCUUAAUCAAAUCAUGCCUAAGAAAGAUCCUGUCAAAAUAGUGCGAUGCCAUGAACAUAUAGAAAUCCUUACAGUAAAUGGAGAAUUACUAUUUUUUAGACAAAGAGAAGGGCCUUUUUAUCCAACCCUAAGGUUACUUCACAAAUAUCCUUUUAUCCUGCCACACCAGCAAGUUGAUAAAGGAGCCAUCAAAUUUGUACUCAGUGGAGCAAAUAUCAUGUGUCCAGGCUUAACUUCUCCUGGAGCUAAACUUUACCCUGCUGCAGUAGAUACAAUUGUUGCAAUUAUGGCAGAAGGAAAACAGCAUGCUCUGUGUGUUGGAGUCAUGAAGAUGUCUGCAGAAGAUAUUGAGAAAGUCAACAAAGGAAUUGGCAUUGAAAAUAUCCAUUAUUUAAAUGAUGGGCUGUGGCAUAUGAAGACAUAUAAAUGAGCCUCGGAAGGAAUGCACUUGGCUAAAUACGGAUAUUGUGCUGUAUCUGUGUUUGUGUCUGUGGGUGACAGCAUGAAGACAAUACCUCUGGUUAUGCUGAAUAAAUUCAACAGAUGCUAAAAUUCUGUUAGCUUCAAAAAUUAUUUUAAUUUUUCUUAAAGUCAAGUUAAAAUUGGGUAGCAAACUUGGACAUUAAGAGGUAUCUGGUAAGUAAUCAAACUCAGACAACUUGAUGUCUUUUCUUAGGCUAAUGAUGUAAAAUGAAGGGUAGGACUUGGUAAAUGAACUUGAUAGUAUAUGGCUGAGCCCCAGAGAGUCUAUUUCUGGAGCUGGAAGCUAUCCUGGGAAUUUUCUCCCAUUAUCCCUAGAAAUGCCCCUUCUAUUUGCGUGUGUUUUUUGUUUUGUUUGUUGUUGUUUUUAAAUUUUUCAUUAUGGAAAAUUCCAAACAUAUCCGAAAGUAUGUGGGGGAUAGUAUAAUGGACCUUUUCUGGAUCCAUCACCCAUCUUCCAUUCAUGGUAAAUCUUACUUCAUCUGUAUCUCCUUUACUCCUUCUCACCUUAUUCCCCAAUUAUUUUGAAGCAAGUCCCAGGUAUAUCAUUUUAUCCAUAUUUUAAUAUGUAUCUUUAAAAUAUAAGUGGUUUUAAAAAAACUAUAAUCACACCUAAAAUAUCAUUAUCACACCUAAACAAUUUAACUUUCUUAAUAUGAUCAAAUAUCUGGUUCAGAUAUGUGACAAGUGAACUUGAUUGCCUCUUUUGUUUUUUUAACCAUUGGUUUGCUUGAAAUAGGUACCAGACCAGGUCCAUAUAUUGCAUUUGGUGGUUAUUUGUUUCUCUUAAGCUAGAAGUUCUUCCUUUGUCUUUUCCCCUUUAAAUUAAUGAUUGAAGCUAUCUGGUUGUUUUGUCUUCGCGUUUUCUCCCACAUCCUGGAUUUUGUCGAUUGUAUCAUAAAGUAAUUUAACUUAUUUUUAUGCCUUCUGUACAACCCGUAAACAUAUAGGCUUGAUGAGAUUCAGGUUGAAUUUAUUUAAUGCCCUGUCCUGAAGCUGGGUAAACUCAUACUACACAGAUGCCCAGAACUGUAUUCCCCAAAGAACGUGUAUCUCCUAUCAUAAAUGGCAUAUGAAUGGUAUGGACCUGUAUCAGUAAGAACAAUAAGCUGUUUUGGAGAUUAAAUGAUAAUUAAAUGGGAAUUUAUAUAGCGACAAUAGGUAUUUGUUCUUAAUGACCUUACUGUUUUAGUGUCUCAGCCAUUUAAUUUGGUUGUUUACAAAUAUAUGAUAUGUGAUUUUAUUUUUCAGAUGGAUACAGACAUUUACAAGAUUGUGGUGAUCCGUAUUACAGUUAGAAGUUGAUGAGAAAGGUGAGGGUGGAUAGUAAAAAGAGAGAGACCAUUUGGCUGGCUGUUGUAGCUGGUCCCCAAAGAUAUAGGUGAAGGUUGUAGAUCCGGGGUCUGGCUCUCAGUCUGAGAAACUUUUCCACUAAUGAACUUUUAAGACUUGGAGAGGCCCACAUUAGAAUGUAAAUGUGUUAUAGUGAUAAGUCUGCUUAGGGUACACAAUUAGUGAACAGGGAGUUCCUUGGUGAACAUGGAUAAGAGUAAAGGAAGGUUGAAAUUUGAGGGAGUAUAUCAUCUGGGCUGGUGUAAGGCUAAGAGAAUUUUUCCUACUUCAUCAUUAAUUAGAAUGCUUAUGUCUGCCACAGUCUUUCUUUCCUAGAUUGUGGAGGUACCCUGAUAUUUUACUCCCAUAUCCUUUUUUAAGUUCUAUGUAGAAUAUUUUCCUUUGUCAUGACAAUUAUGUUCUACAACUUAGUAUAUUGUUCUUUUUACUAUUUAUUCCUGAUAAAGUAUAAAUAGUCUCAUCAGUAAUCCAUUUAUAAAUCAUCUUUCAGGGUAGGUUUCUUCAACAGUCUCAUUUUAUGAUGACUUACUGGUUUCAAAUUCAGAUGUCUCUCCAUUUGAGGGAUGAGGUACCCUAUUUGAGGCCUGUAGCACCGUAUAUUCUUAAAAAGAGAAUAUCUGAGUCAUCGAUGUCAAAACCAAACUUUGAGCCUCUAUUUUUGGUACUAGGUUAAUGUUAAUUGACCAAGAUUGCUUGUGGAGUGUUAGUAAUGAGAAACAAAGCACACACAUAUUAGAGAAGUUAAAACCUUUAAUUGCCUGGUUUCUGAAAUAAUUUAUCCUUAUGUCUCUAACCACUGUUAACAGUGGGUGUAGGGAACACUUUAAAAAUAUUUAACAUCAUCAUCUGUGCUUGUUUUUCCUACUAUGCUGAGGUACAGUGACUCUGUUGCCUUGGUGAUGUGGACUAAAUAUGUAUGUUUUCUCCUUCCCCUGGGUCUGAGGCCUCAGGUCAUGGUGUUAAUCAGAGGUAUCACUCUACACUGGGAGCCUGGUCAGUUUCUAAACAUUAGGUCAUGCAGGAAAGCCAAUUCAAAGAGGUUAAAAAAAUCAAAAACAAAACAAAACAAAAACAAAACAAAGAGGUUAAACUAGCAUAUCAGCCUCUUGAGGUCUUAAUGCUUAAAGGAAACCUAGUCUACCCACAUUCCAGAGAGUAGGAAUACAGGGAGAGUCUGUUUUCUCUCAGGCAAUGUGUCUUCAGUUCAUUUUUAGUUUCAAAAUUAAUUUUAUGUCAAGCUAGCCUACAAUCUAGCCAUUUCUGUGUAUCUGACACAUACUUACUUAGCCAAGGUCAGUUCAGCUCAAUGAACAUUUAUUAUAUACCUGCUAGGCUCUAGGUGAUGUGGCACAAAGAUAAACAAUACACAAGUGGCCCUUGCCCUUAAGGAGCUUUCAGGCUAGUGAGUAAAUUUACAUUUAAAAAAAUCUGGGUAAUGGUGACAGCCCAAUACCAAUUUAUAAAGCCACUGGGAAGUUGCUAAUGCUUUUCCACAAUUUCAGUCACCAACAUUUGCAGAUUACACAUGAGCUAAAUAUAAAAAAAUUCCUUAGAUCGUAUGCAAUGUGAGAAGGUUAAAAACAUCCAGAUGUCUUGGAGUUGCAAUGAUUCAGCAUUCCAACUCAGAUGGUUGUCCCAUUGUGCUGUAAUAUAAAGGCCUGAUCAGCCCUCUUCUAGCAGACUAUUAUAGUGGUUUGGUGGUGUUCUUUUGGCAGCUGCAUUUUUCCUUUUCUUUUCUUUUUCUUUUUUUUUUUAAUGUUCUGGACCCAAAACAGGCAGCUGGAUUUAUCCCAGGGGUAGUCAUGAACGUUUCCAGUUUGAGGGAUUUGAUAGUCCCCAAACAGAAGGUCAUAUUGCAUUUGUCAAAUAAUGAUUAUUUCCGGUCAAGUUCCUCUUCGUAUACAAAUCAGCUACUAAGGAUACAGUAUUUCUAAGCAUAGUACUUCAGAAGAUAUAAGAAUGGCAAAAGACUCAAUUUGCACAGGUAUUUCCUUACAAUAAGUAUUUUGUUGUUGUUCAUGAGAAUAUUAAUCAUGUAGCAGUUAUAUGUUAAUGGGAACAUGAAAUGAAUGUAUGCCCAAACGAAAUGUGGUAAAUAUUUUAACUUUGUUUAUCUAGGUUCCUUAAUUUUGAGAACAUAUCUCUCAAGGCUCUUCAGGAAACUCAAAAUGUUCCAAUUUCUAGGAGUAUCCACUAGAACUGACUUAUAACAAAAGGAAAAAAUGAAAAUGUAUGCAUCAUAUGUCAAUAUAACCAUCACUUCUGAGGUCUCAAGCAAUCAGAAACUUAUUCAAGUUAUAGUCUGUAGGAAUUAGGCCAUUAACAUAUAUUUGGAAAGCCCUUCAGAACACUUAUGUUUAGAAUGUUAUUACUUGUGUUACGGUAGUAAAAAUUAUAUUAUAUAUAAUUGUUCUUAAUAUCCUAGUCUCUCAGCAAUAGUUCCUAAAGAAAUCAUGCCUGUCAACAUGGAGACUGAUGCAUGUGAAUGUAUACUUUGUAUUAUGUUUUUAUAUUUUGUAUUAUACUUUAUUAUACUUUUUAUAGCAGGUAAAAGAAUGACUACAUACAAUGAACUAUAACACUAAUUUGUUUAAUAUUAUAUUAAAACUAAUUAAGUACUUGGACUACAAUUCCAUCAGAACAGGAGUGAAUGAAUGUGAUUGAGAACCAGUUUUUAAUCUGUGUUGAGAUUAUUAGGCAAGCAGGUUGGUUGGUGGAUUGGUUGGUUUGCUUAAAAGGAUGGCCUUUUGGAGGAUAUAAUUUAUGUAUGGGAAAAUAGACUGGAGAUGAUUCACUGAAAUUCUCCUAGUAAUAUCCUGUUCAUCCAAACUACUUAGUACUAUUAAUAUUUGCCUCUGGGAGUGAAAACUGAAAGGAUACCAAAUUUUAUCCUUGAACACUUUGAGAAAUAAAAGAUCAAUUAGUGAAAUAAUUUCUAAUUGAAACUAAUUGUUACAGAGAAUGAUAUGCCUCACUAUUGUUCAACUCUAAUUAAAUGGGUUAUUUUACAUAUUUUAAAAUCCCAUUUUAAAGUAAAACAGAUUAUAAUUUCCACAUGAUAUUUUUUAUUGCUUUUGUUCCAUUCCUCAAUUUUAAAGUACUUUAAUUUUAGCCAAUAUGUGAAUAGAGGGGACUAAUCAUUCACUCUCUUCAGGUUUAUUUUAAGUGUUCCCAGAACUCUACCAUAGGGGGAAAUAACUCUAAAUUUAAAAGUUGCAAAGAGGAGUUUUCUUUCUUUCUAAUUUUAAUUUUUAUCACAGGGCAUGAUUAUGAAUGAUAACUUUCAUUUAAUCUUCUGUGGCAAAAUAAGUAAUUUCUAUUGAUUUUCACAAGCAUGUGAGCAAAAGACUGUUUUAAUAAGUAGUAAAUCAUGUAAGCACUUGCUUGGAGGAAGUGCCAUUUCUCCAAACAUAUGCCUUGAAAACAAAUCAAAUUCAGUUCCCUUUUUACUUCAGGGAAAGCCAUAGUGGGGAGACUUUUGAGGUCGGCAGUCUGUUUUUAUUCUUCCCACUUUCUAUUUCAAAAGUGGACACUCUCUGUCUUUGUCACCAAAUGCUGGGGUUGUCCUUCUAUGCUGGUGCAUGAUGAAACCCUGAGGCUUGGAAACUUGCAAACCAAUGAGAUGAUUUUGUGAUGAAACUGCAUGUUGGAUUGAUACUGCCCAUGAAUAAUCUUAAAUUUGAGAUAACUUUUAAAAGGAGCCCUACACUUUCUUCUAGUUUUGCUUACUUCUUAGCAGGGCUUGAGAUGUCUGUUUCUGCAUACUGAUGUCUUAACAAUAAUUUUUAGUUUCUCAUGACCUGAAAGAUUUUGUAUGCACUUCUUGGUCUGGAUUCUGGUUUCAUCAGGUCUAAUGCAGAUGAAUUAAUUUUGUAAAGCUAAAAUUCACUGUUCACUUAAACAUCUGGACCAGAUUGGGCAGGAUGAGUAGGAUGGAAGGAGAGUCCUUUUUGCCUUGUAGGUUCUGGAAGGUUACUUAGAGUUGAUUUAUCCAAGAUUAAAAGGAUGCUUUUGCCUAAGAUAUUUCUAAAGUUUGCUUAUGUAAGCAUUUUAGAUUUCAGAAAGUUCAACCUGAAAUGUAUAUGAAUAUAGAGUACAGACAGUUUCAUUUAGUGGGACAACAGCUGUCACUAACCCAUCAAGUUAAUAUGUCUCCUAAAUGCUUUCAAAAAGUACAGGACUAGAAAAUAUUUUUCACUGGCAAUGCUUUAUUCUGUUUUAAAAAUAGUAGGGGCCAAAAUCUAGUAAAGACUUGCACACUUGUUUUAUAUUGUGACUUACAAGGUACAAAUUUUAUAUUUUGUAAAAUAUUUUGAGAGAAGUCUCCAAAAUAAUUCCCCUUUCUUGCUCCCAAAUGCGGAAGUCUGAGAGAAGGCACAUGGCCUCAUGAGCUCCUGGGUGUUGUCAAACUCAAUUCUCUCUGAACUACCAAAUGCCCAGAUACAUUUACUGAGGAUGCAGGAGUCUCUCUUAAGCGGUAGUUUUUGUCUAUAUAAAGAGAAACAUCUUGAUUAAAGUGAGGAGAUAGAAACCAUACCAAUUUGGGCAGUUUGGGCUCUAAUGAUGUCUAAUUUGCUAUGAAAGGGGAACUUGUUCUAAGUUAAUCUUCUUAAAAGCAACAUCUGAAUUUCUCUUAAAAAAUACUUUAUAAAAAAGCGGUUUGAGGAAGAACUGUUUUAUUGCAUGGCACAGAUUAAAUGUACAGAUGUUAUCCUAAAAUUUAAGGAGGUCCCUUAUGAAUUUGAAUAUUCAAUACCAGCUGUUAUUCAUAUCAACAUUUUAAUAUUUUACCAUCUAGGUAUUUAUUAAAAAGGAUUGAUACAUAUUUAGCUGUGUAAAAUGUUAAACUUGUUCACACGGCUAAGAGGGAAAGGGAAAUAACAUUCCCUGAGCGCCUACUAUAUGCACAAGCUCUAUUUCAAAUAUCUUGCUUAAUCUUUAGUAUGAUUCUGUGAGGUAGAUUUUAAUUCUCAUUUUACAAAUGAGGAAAUAAGGCACCUGAGGGAUUAUAGAAGUUUCCUGAAGACACAUAACUAAUAAAUGGCAGAAUUGGGAUUUGAAUGUAGGUCUGCCUGGUUGCAAACCCUGUUUUGCAGAAAGUCUCCCCUCAUAUUUCAUAAAAUAACCUCAGCCCAGUCAUAUCACCAUCUUUAUUUAUGAGUUAUUGGAGAGGAGUAUAAGUUGGCCAAGCCUCUGUUCCACAGUGGGAAAAUACGAGUAGGAUUUGAAUGUGUUAAGAAUGGGCUGCUUGUACAGUGUCUUAUUUGUGCUUCUGAGGGAAUGUUUUCCUGUUUUCCUCUUCAUCAGUGGGGUCUAUGCAGAGAAGCUUUUGAAGUUGGACUCAGUCCUGAGGUCUGAACUUUUUCUAUUAGUCACCUUCAAGCCAGGUGAUUUGUGACCAUUUAAAGAUUAUGCCAUGUAGAAGCCCUUGCUGGAUCUUUUUAGAAAAGGAUACAAGGGGGAGGGUUACUUAAGUGGGGGAGAUUAUAGGGUAUAAUGUGCAAGGGCAGGGCUAGCAGCUGCUUUGUGACUAUCAAUAUAUCCAAAACAUAAAUGGGUGAAAGGAUUAGUGAAUAUUAAAACUAAUGACAGGAGCAGUUUGGUUCAGUUAUAAUCUAAGGAAAAAAGCUGAGGGGUCUAAUCUAUGUAUUGCUCCAGAUCCAGUGAUUUAAUUUUCAGAAGGAAGGUCCAGUGAUUAAACUCGUGCAAGGAGAUGGCCUGGGGCCUGCUAAAAGUCAGGUUGCAAUUUACAUAGUAUUCAAGACAACCAGAACAAUAUAUAGGACUUUUAGAAGAAACUUCCAAGUUUUCUCCUAUUUCACAUGUUAGCCUUGGGGUAGGGGGGUGGGGGUCUUACACUUCUGGAAUUGGUUAGACCUGUGCUGUAACUCUAAAAUACAUACUGGAUUUCAAAGAUUUAAUAAUAAAAAAAAAUAACGUAAACUAUCACAAUUUUUUCCCUGCUGAUUACAUGUUGAAAUGACAAUACUUUGGAUAUACUGGGUAAAAUAAAAUACUAAAAGUAA